GAAACACAUAGAGAUAGAGAAGCAUGAAAUACAAUGAGAUAUACCAUUUCCACCACCCUCAUCACAAGCUGAAGUUCGAGAACUCUGAAAUCCCAUUCAAAUGUGAUGGAUGCAAGGAAGUAGGCAUAGGGUCACGCUACAAAUGCUCCACUAACACCCUUUGUGACUAUGAUCUUCACAUGCAAUGUGCAUUACCUUCCCCUACUUUCUUCCACCCUUUCUACAGAAAAUGCAACUUCCAAUUCAUGUCUCACCCUCCAGGUGAGACGGCACGAUACUGCAAUGCAUGUGAGAAGGACGUGAAUGGGUUCGUGUACCAUUGUACGUCAUGCGGCUAUGAUCUGCACCCAUGCUGCGCGAAGCUUCCGAUGGUUGUGGAGGAGGGUGAAGUGAAGCUUUACCUGUACAGAAAAGUGAGGUCAUGGUGCCACCAUUGCGGUAGAAAGGGAGGUAGUUGGAGUUACAGGUCGAAGUGCAAGAGCUACAGCGUUCAUGUGGCGUGUGUGAGGGAGAUGCUUGUGGAGAAUUGGCACCAUGUUUAUAGAAACAGCAUCAGCAUCAGCAUGCAGAGUAGUGUGCAUCGGAGUAAGGGGAGGAUGAAGAACAGGUGCUGUGAUAUUGCAGCAUUUGCUCUGCAGAUUGUUAUCUCAGCCAUCUUGGGUGAUCCAACGCCUCUCAUUGCUGCCAUUGUUGCCUCACUCAUUUCAACUUCUUAGAAUCUCAUACGAAUCUAUGCGCGCCUGUCAUGAUGAUUUUUUUUUUUACCAAAAAAUAUAAAGUCUCGAAUUCGCAUCUCUUAA